GGGUAUAACCAUCGAUUAAGAGGGUCUCAACACUGAGAAGAUGACGAAUGUGCAAAAUGGCAGAAAAUGUGCUGUCUAGGCCAGGUAUAGCUAUAGGAGGUGAAGAGGUGGCAGCAGUAACCAACACUGCUGCCCAAAGGGGGGCUCUUGGCCACAUAAGAAGAGUGAGGGUUUCUACAAUUCUUGCACAGGAAAAAGUCUUGGGAAGAGAGAAGUGAGGAGUGAUCGGUAGCUACAGCGUCCUCCAGAGCACAGACAUGACAUUGAUACACAUCCAUCCCUUCCUCCCUGGCUUGCUCUUGUGGAUUAUACAGCUCUCCAGUUCUUUUGUGCUGGCCAGUGCUACCGAACUGCUGCAUCCUUCCAACAGCACUGACACUGACCUCAUGUUUGGCAUCGGGAUUCCUAGAAACAGGAGGAAACGUUACAUAUCUCCCCGCGACAUGAGCGCCUUGCUGGACUAUCAUAACCAGGUGCGCUCCAAAGUCUUCCCUCCAGCAGCCAAUAUGGAAUACAUGGUGUGGGAUGAACGACUAGCCAAGUCCGCAGAGUCAUGGGCCAACCAGUGCAAAUGGGACCAUGGACCUAGUCAGCUGAUGCGCUAUGUGGGGCAGAAUCUUUCCAUCCAUUCUGGAAGGUAUAGAUCUAUAGUAGAUCUGGUGAAGGCAUGGUAUGACGAGCGGCAGCAUUACUCCUUUCCUUACCCGCGAGAGUGUAAUCCCAGCUGUCCUAGUAAAUGCAGUGGCUCGGUCUGCAGUCACUAUACACAGAUGGUAUGGGCAUCGUCCAAUAAAAUAGGCUGUGCCAUCAACACUUGCAAUAACAUCAAUGUGUGGGGAAGUACAUGGAGACAAGCUGUCCUUCUGGUCUGCAACUAUUCCAUUAAGGGUAACUGGAUAGGAGAAGCUCCUUACAAAUUGGGAAGACCAUGCUCAGCUUGUCCCCCAAGCUAUGGCGGCAUGUGCAGCAAUAACAUGUGCUUUUCUGGGGUGAAGUCUAAUAAACUCAGCUGGUUUUAAUGUAGUGAGGGCCAUAGCUGUUCCUUUAUACAAUAAUGAAUGUUCCAUGUGAUUAGUGAAAAAAAAAAGCGGUUGGUGUUGCCUUAUAGACAACCAGACACAUCCUGUGUUAUGUUGUACAGUAUGGGCCAAUAUAACACCCAUCAGCUUCUAUGCCAGUCACCCAUUGGCACAAGUUACACCUUUGUGUAUAAAAGAAUCACAUGAUCCUACAGAGGGCCUCCUUCUUCUGUUCACCUCCCCUGAUCACUGCUUGUGAUGUCAUCAGUAACCAUGUAACUGCUCAGAACUUCCCCAUAGGUUAGAGGUCAGUGCCUAUGUAAAAAAUGUCCUAUAAUCUGACACUAAAGGUGCAGUAAGCCUAAAGGCUCCAACUGGAGGUAGAAUGUAUGGUUAUUAUCCUUGUGUUUUGCAAGCGUUUGCAUAAAAUGUUGUUAGUGAGCAUGACUCUGCCAAGGUGUCUCCUUUUCUGACACAGCACCACUCUUGUCUAUGGCUGUGUCUGGUAUUGCAACUGCAAACUAGAACCAAAAGAAGAGAGGACCAACAUUACAAGACACCUACUUAAACACAGGGAGAACACACAAACUCCAUGCCCAAUGGACAAGAAUGGACUGUUUUGGUUAAAAGAAAAGACAGACCUUUAAUAUUACUUUCAUACGAUUCCAGUAGUUAAACAAACCCAUUGUUUUAAGGGUUUUUGAUUUUAAUUUUUUCUUACUUAAAAUGAAUAUAUUGAGCUAUAGUGCUAAAAUAUAUCCACCGAUUACAUAGAUUUAUGUUUUAUGGCAUUUCAAAAAUAAGAAUUAAGGGGGAAUAUCCCUUUAAAAGCCUGACAUUGGGAUAUACAAGCUUCCACUGUCUUUUUACUACUUUGUCGGUGACGUCCAGUGUAGGGUUUGUUUUUGUGCUUUUGACUUGUAGAACGUGGUUUGGUGAGGGAUUAGACAAGGGUUUCAGAUGUAAACAGAAUGGUCACAUCAUCAGUAAUGUCACUGGGUCAAUGUAAAAUGGCAAAAAUCAUCAGUCAUGUCACUGGUCUUAUAUAAAUUGAUUGGAUAUGUUAUCUAUGAUGUCACUGGUUGUGUGCACAAUGAUUGGCUGUAUCAUCACUGUCGGCACUGUGUUAAAUCUCUUGGUUAUAUUGUAAUCCCUAUGUAAAUCAACUGAUUGUUGCUGGCCAGACAAUGCCGGAAAGUCCUUAUCUUAAAGGAGUACUCCACUGGCCAGUGUUCGGAACUAAAUGUUCCGAACGCUGUUUUCGCGCUGCGGGGGUCGGCCACGCCCCUCGUCAUGUCAU